GAAUUCUUUUAGAAAAAUCCAUGGAAAAGUUCAAAGGGCAACACCAACAUCGCCAUUCCGUCUCCUGCUUCUCCGCUUGCUUCUUCCCCGCCGGCGCCGGUGAGCGCGUGCAACCGCCGGCGUCGCACGGCAGUGACCUGCCGGGGCUCCUCGAACGGCGGUGCCAGCGCCAGCGCCAGCGCCGACGCCCCUACUCUGCGGACUUCCGGUAUGACCCUUUGAGUUAUGCCCUAAACUUCGACGAAGGCGGUGCCGCCGAUGACUUGCCGUCGCCGACCGGGAGCCUUCCUCCCCACUUGACCUUCUCGUCUCGCUUUCAGGCUUCGUCUCCUCGCAUGCCUCCCAAAUCUCCGGGGGCUGAGGAGACGAAGAAGCUCCUUCAUUGAGCUAUGAAAUUUGGGCAUUUU